UCAAAUCACAAACAUCAAAUCAAAUGAAUCUAAAGAAGCAAAUAAAGAAGAAAAACUUAAGGAACCAAGAAAACCAGACUGCUGGAGUCAUCUUUAUCUUCUUGAGCUUCUCAGAAUAUGAGGACCUCCAGGUGCCCCUGUUCCUGGUGUUCCUGACCGUCUACACAAUCACGGUGCUGGGGAACCUGGGCAUGAUCCUGAUCAUCAGGAUCAACCCCAAACUCCACACCCCCAUGUACUUUUUCCUCAGCCACUUGUCCUUUGUGGAUUUCUGCUAUUCCACCAUGGUGACACCCAAACUUCUGGAGAACUUGGUUGUGGAGGACAGGACCAUCUCCUUCACAGGAUGCAUCAUGCAGUUCUCCUUUGCUUGCAUCUUCAUGGUGACAGAAACGUUCAUGUUGGCAGUGAUGGCCUAUGAUUGAUUUGUGGCAGUUUGUAACCCUCUGCUCUACACAGUUGCAAUGUCCCAGAAGCUUUGCUACUUUUUGGUGACUGUGUCAUACUCUUAGAGUACAAUGUGUUCCUUAACAUACAUAUACUUUUUGUUGAUCUAACCUUUUUGUAGAAUUAAGUUCAUGAAUAACUUUGUGAACAUGCUCCCAUUGUUGUUGUGUUUUAUUCUGACCCCUACAUUAGCUAGAAGAUCAUUUUAGUCUCCGCCACAUUCAAUGAAAUAA